UCGGGCCUAGUUUUGCUAUUUGCUCGCCCUUCGAGUAACACAGUCGGACACACCGACUAUGUUACUAUACACACUGGAGCUCUAUUCACAUGGAUGACCAUCGAGGCUGCAUGGAAGCGAAAAUUGAUGCUGCUGGUCAAUCUCAUCCAAAGGUCCAAUUGCACCGCACCCCUCUACCGCAUCUUCAUCUUAUCGGCUGAUCACUCCGAUAUGUCGUAA